AUGGACGAAGUCGUUAGCCAGAUUUUGGAGAAGCAAGUGCUGUCGGCCGCGAAGGCGGUGGAGGACAAGCUCGAUGAGGAGAUCGCCGCGCUCGACCGCCUCGAUCCGGACGACAUCGAGGCGCUCCGCGAGCGCCGGAUCCAGCAGAUGCGCCACGCCGCCGAGCGCCGCGCCAAGUGGCGCGCGCUGGGGCACGGGGAGUACACCGAGGUCCCCGAGAAGGAGUUCUUCUCCGCCGCCAAGGCCAGCGAGCGGCUCGUCUGCCACUUCUACCGCGACAACUGGCCCUGCAAGGUUGUGGAUAAACACUUGUCGAUUCUUGCAAAACAGCAUGUUGAAACACGGUUUGUGAAAGUUCAUGCGGAGAAGGCUCCCUUCUUGACAGAAAAGCUCAGGAUAGUUGUCCUUCCCACUCUUGCUAUAGUUAAGAAUGCGAAGGUUGAGGAUUAUGUGGUUGGCUUUGAUGAGCUUGGCGGCAAAGACGACUUCAGCACCGAGGAUCUGGAAGAACGCCUCGCGAAAUCCCAAGUUAUCUUCCUCGAUGGAGAAGGGUCUACAAAGCAGGCUGCCGCCACCAAACGAAGCGUUCGGCAAUCAGACACCGGCAACUCAUCUGACUCUGAAUAG